AUGAGAAUAGUUCUGAUCCAAUCAAUCAAGAUGAACCUCAUGGACAUCACCAAGAUUUUCUCCCUCCUGCAGCCCGACAAGGAGGAGGAGGACACCGACAUGGGGGAGAAGCAGGCUCUCAGUCAAGCAGUGUAUGACAACGACUCCUAUACCUUGGACCAGCUUUUGUGCCAGGAGCGUUACAAGCGUUUCAUCAACAGUAGAAGUGGCUUGGGUGUUCCUGGGACACCCUUGCACUUGGCUGCUUCUUAUGGCCACCUCAGCUGUUUGCAGGUCCUCCUGGCACAUGGUGCUGAUGUUGACAGUUUGGAUGUCAAGGCACAGACACCACUUUUUACUGCUGUCAGUCAUGGCUAUCUGGACUGUGUGCGUGUGCUUUUGGAAGCUGGUGCCUGUACUGGUGGUAGCAUCUACAACAACUGUUCUCCCUUACUCACAGCUGCCCGUGAUGGUGCUGCUGCCAUCCUUCAGGAACUCCUGGUCCAUGGUGCAGAGGCCAAUGUCAAGGCUAAACUACCAGUCUGGGCAUCAAACAUAACUUCAUGUUCUGGCCCCCUCUAUUUGGCUGCAGUCUAUGGGCACCUUGACUGUUUUCGCCUGCUUUUGCUGCAUGGGGCAGACCCUAACUACAACUGUACUGACCAGCGCCUAUUGGCUCGUGUCCCACGGCCCCGCACCCUCCUCGAAAUCUGUCUCCAUCAUAAUUGUGAACCAGAGUACAUCCAACUGUUAAUUGAUUUUGGUGCUAACAUCUACCUUCCAUUUCUCUCCCUGGACCUGAACUUGCAAGAUGAUAAAGGCACUGCAUUGCUGCUACAGGCCCGAGCCACUCCACGGUCAUUACUAUCACAGGCCCGUUUAGUUAUCCGCAGAGCUCUGGGCCAGGCCAGCCAACCACAAGCCAUCGACCAACUGGAUAUUCCCCCUGUGUUGAUUAGUUACCUCAAACACCAACUGUAAUCUUGCAGCCUUACCAGAAACCCA